AUGACCCUCGAUCUAAACCAAAAACUCAUCCCAAUGAUCCAAUGCCUCACAACUCUCUCAACAAAACCCGAUGAAGUCCCUUCCGCCAUAACCAAAUUCCCCCACAUUUUAACCCACAGCAUCGAAGAAAAACUUUGCCCACUCCUCGGUUUCUUCGAGUCACUCGGUGUGUCCGGAACUCAACUUGGUAAACUCAUCCUCCAUAACCCUAGAAUCAUAAGCUACAGCAUCGAUUCGAAGCUUUCGGGGGUAGUUGACUUUCUUGUAAACAUCGGUUUGACCAAAGAUGGAAUGAUCGGGAAAAUCUUGGUUAAAUACCCGUCGAUUAUGGGGUACAAUGUUGAGAAGCGGCUACGGCCCACAACCGAGUUUUUACUUUCGUUAGGGUUAACGAAAUCGGAUCUACAAAAGGUAGUGAUUAAUUUCCCGGAAGUUAUAUGUAGAGAUGUGGAUAAGAUUUUGAAACCAAAUCUUGAUUAUUUGAAAACCCGUGGGUUUGCUUCGGGUCAAAUAGCGAGUUUAGUGGGUCGAUAUCCACCGGUUUUGAUUAAGAGUGUUAAGAACUCGUUGGAACCGAGGAUUAGGUUUUUGGUGGAGGUGAUGGAUCGGGGAAUUGAGGAAGCUGCUGAUUAUCCCGAGUUUUUUCACCAUGGUUUCAAGAAACGACUUGAGAGACGUGAGAAGCUUUUGAAACAGAAGAAUGUUUCUUGCAGUUUGAGUGAAAUGCUUGAUUGUAAUCAUAACAAGUUUCUUUCAAGAUUUGAUCUCGUUGCCAAAAUUGUUUAA